GCCAGAGACGCGGCCUCCUGCAGACAUGACCCCCGAGACGCUCCUCGUCGUGGUGCUGCUGACGGGCGGGCUGGCGUCGUCCCUGCCCGCGACAGGCGACGCCGACGGCGGCAACUCCCUGGCGCAGGCGGCCGUGGAGUCUGCGCCGCGCCUCGCCGCCGACUGGUCGCGCGCCGCCGACACCCCGGGCGACCUGUUGAUGGACAACCCCGACAGCCACCCAGACCUCACCGUGGCUCUCACCCGGCAGCACGUCGCGCCCGCUCUCCAACAGUUGCUGCAGAGGAGCAGAAGGCAAGCAGAAGUCGAGGCCACAGAUGUGUUCCUGGACCGGCACGAAGGUGACCUGGAUGACCCCGAGGCCGGCAGCCAGCACUUCUUCCCCUCCUUUGCACCCCUGUUCCAAGCGCCUCCGCCCCUCGGCCAUUCCCGCCCCCAGAUCCUGUUCCAGGAGCCCAGCCAGCGCCCGUCCAUCCUGCGUGCUCAGCACAACCCCUUCCAGCCACUCGUGUUCGGGGCCGGCACCUUCAAGGCCGCUCGCUUCCAGCCGUCCUCGCCCGCCCCCGCGCCCGUGGCGGCCCCCACCGCCGCCGGCAAGGGCAUUCUGGGCUCCGGCAACUUCGGCGUCAUCCGGGGCGGCACCUUCUACGACGACGCCGACCGGGCGGAGGCCAGCGAGUUCGGCACCGGCGACGUCUACAACCCCUAUUACAACGGCCACGGCAGGCCGUCUUUCUACGGCGGGGCCUCCAACCCCAAGCCGCAGCAGAGCAAGGACUUCUUCGCCAACUUCAGGGACUUUGCGGACAUCAACACGCCCACCAAGUCGUCCUUCUCCGAGUUCUACGUCGUGUACGUGAACAAGAACGCCAGUCGUCCCGAUCCGGACGCAGAGGGUGGCUUGGCCACGAUGUUGACGGCAGGUGCGACCAAGCCCAAGAACAUCAUAGAGCAGCUGAAGAUGCUGGACCGGGAGAGCCGGCCGGAGGACGGCGCUCAGAAGAAGAAGAAAGCGGCGACCAAGACGCUCUCCCUCGGGAAACAGAAGCUGGCGCUGUUGCAGCAGGACAAGUACAACAAGCAGCACGGUGGCAAGACGAAGGUGACGGCGGCAACGCAGGCCAAGGACCUGUACGAGCCCCUGCUGGCGCUCAGCUGAGAACUUCCGGCGUUCGCACUGGACAGAGAUGAGCACCCACGUGGUCAGGAACCCGUGGACUGCGUUCCUCGCACGACAGAGACAUUACAGUUAAAAGCUCUCGUUGCAAAGCCAACAAAGAUCAUGUGACCGAGGCAAUGACCCUGAAAACUUUGUAUUUGUUGCUAUUUUUUGGUGAUGGUACAGAAGUUAAAAUGAGGAUAUGCAUCAAAUGCAAACAAACUUCAUAAAUCUAAACUGACAUCAAGAUAAAACUCACAGAUGCAGUAUAGUACAUAUUAUGAAAAUAUUUUGGAGCCCAAACAUUAGCUAAAUUUUUGACCUUCUCAAUGAUGAUGUAAAGGUACUUAUAAUUAGAAAUACAGUUUUGGCAAUAUUAAUAUCUCCUCAACAGUGAUGUAGGCUUUACACAGUCUAUUCUCAUUUUUUAUCUCCUGAUUACUUUAUUGCAUUAGGUUUUCUUCAUUACUCGGUGACAUGAUCUCAGCACAGAUUCUUGCCAAAUACGAACAUUCAUCUAUUGUUAACAAAGCGGUACCUGAACAGUUGAGAGAUUCAGUGAAGUACUUUUUUUUGUGUUUCGGACUUGGACAUGACACAGCGACUGCUAAGACAGGUUUUUAAGUUUUUGGCAAAUAACCCAAAAACCAUAAUUCCAUUAAGUUGUUAUGCAUGUAUUCAAUUACAAAAAAAAAUUUGCCUUUGACUACUGUCUGCAGAUAAGUGAUGCCAUAAAGGUAUACGGUGGGUAUUUGUUCAACUUCUGUUUGAAAUAUUUUUAAGAAAAGCACAGCAGUAAUGAUCACUUUGUGAUGAACAAUUAAUACUUUAAGAAAGCAAGCACUUGAUAUUUAUAAAAGGUUUGGUCAAGAUUAAAGAGUUAAUGCAUGGUUCUCUGUUCAAAGCAAUUUAAAAAUGAAAAAAAAAUAUAUAUACUGGUACAAAAUCCCAAAAGCAAAAUACACUUUCGAAACCACUUAAGACAUUUGUGAAACAUGGUUUGCUGAUAAAAACUUCACAUAAAACAGAAAAUACACACAUUUUUCCUUGUAAAUGGCACUCAUAUCAUGACAUAGUUGAUAAUGCAACACAAAAUAUUGGCUUCUGAGGAUAAUUAUUAUAAUAUCCAUUUAACAACAGACUACUAUACAACUAAAGUAAUUUUUGAAAUUUGAACUGUUCUGUUUUCAAAAUAAUUAUUUAGACACAUUAUGAUUCAGAGAAUCAUCACACAGCACCCCCCCUCCCCCCCACAAAAAGCUUUGUUUGUUUGAGCACAUAAUAUAUGUGAUAUGCAAAAAAAAUAAA